AUGUUAUUGCUGUUAAGAGUUACCGAGGAUGACAGCGAUGGCUUUCGAAAGAAUGUUUUAACAACAGAGGCCCUCAAAAUGUUCCACUCCACAAAUAUCAGUGAUGCUUACAGCGACACAACAUCCGAAUGGAGUUUGGAAGACGGCUUACAAAGUACCUUGUACUAUCCGGUAAACACCUUAAAAGAAGUCGAAAUCGAAGACGACAACGCCGAUGACUCUUAUCAACCUGGUCAUAAUGUCUCGAUUGAAGUUACCGAGGAUGACAGCGAUGGCUUUCGAAAGAAUGUUUUAACAACAGAGGCCCUCAAAAUGUUCCACUCCACAAAUAUCAGUGAUGCUUACAGCGACACAACAUCCGAAUGGAGUUUGGAAGACGGCUUACAAAGUACCUUGUACUAUCCGGUAAACACCUUAAAAGAAGUCGAAAUCGAAGACGACAACGCCGAUGACUCUUAUCAACCUGGUCAUAAUGUCUCGAUUGAAGUUACCGAGGAUGACAGCGAUGGCUUUCGAAAGAAUGUUUUAACAACAGAGGCCCUCAAAAUGUUCCACUCCACAAAUAUCAGUGAUGCUUACAGCGACACAACAUCCGAAUGGAGUUUGGAAGACGGCUUACAAAGUACCUUGUACUAUCCGGUAAACACCUUAAAACAAGUCGAAAUCGAAGACGACAACGUCGAUGACUCUUAUCAACCUGGUCAUAAUGUCUCGAUUGAAGGUGAUAGCGAAUCGUUCCUAUCAGAUUCUACAUCUAGUCUGCUAAGGUUUAUGGAUCAAAUGGAUAAUGACAGCCUUACGGAUGUGUCCAGCAUCGCGAGCGAUGAUGAAUACGAUGUCGACACGUUCACAACUGUUAGUGAUCUGACAGACUUUGAUGAUGAACUCUUCGAUGACGACAACAUUACCGAGGAUGACAGCGAUGGCUUUCGAAAGAAUGUUUUAACAACAGAGGCCCUCAAAAUGUUCCACUCCACAAAUAUCAGUGAUGCUUACAGCGACACAACAUCCGAAUGGAGUUUGGAAGACGGCUUACAAAGUACCUUGUACUAUCCGGUAAACACCUUAAAAGAAGUCGAAAUCGAAGACGACAACGCCGAUGACUCUUAUCAACCUGGUCAUAAUGUCUCGAUUGAAGUUACCGAGGAUGACAGCGAUGGCUUUCGAAAGAAUGUUUUAACAACAGAGGCCCUCAAAAUGUUCCACUCCACAAAUAUCAGUGAUGCUUACAGCGACACAACAUCCGAAUGGAGUUUGGAAGACGGCUUACAAAGUACCUUGUACUAUCCGGUAAACACCUUAAAAGAAGUCGAAAUCGAAGACGACAACGCCGAUGACUCUUAUCAACCUGGUCAUAAUGUCUCGAUUGAAGUUACCGAGGAUGACAGCGAUGGCUUUCGAAAGAAUGUUUUAACAACAGAGGCCCUCAAAAUGUUCCACUCCACAAAUAUCAGUGAUGCUUACAGCGACACAACAUCCGAAUGGAGUUUGGAAGACGGCUUACAAAGUACCUUGUACUAUCCGGUAAACACCUUAAAAGAAGUCGAAAUCGAAGACGACAACGCCGAUGACUCUUAUCAACCUGGUCAUAAUGUCUCGAUUGAAGUUACCGAGGAUGACAGCGAUGGCUUUCGAAAGAAUGUUUUAACAACAGAGGCCCUCAAAAUGUUCCACUCCACAAAUAUCAGUGAUGCUUACAGCGACACAACAUCCGAAUGGAGUUUGGAAGACGGCUUACAAAGUACCUUGUACUAUCCGGUAAACACCUUAAAACAAGUCGAAAUCGAAGACGACAACGUCGAUGACUCUUAUCAACCUGGUCAUAAUGUCUCGAUUGAAGGUGAUAGCGAAUCGUUCCUAUCAGAUUCUACAUCUAGUCUGCUAAGGUUUAUGGAUCAAAUGGAUAAUGACAGCCUUACGGAUGUGUCCAGCAUCGCGAGCGAUGAUGAAUACGAUGUCGACACGUUCACAACUGUUAGUGAUCUGACAGACUUUGAUGAUGAACUCUUCGAUGACGACAACAUUACCGAGGAUGACAGCGAUGGCUUUCGAAAGAAUGUUUUAACAACAGAGGCCCUCAAAAUGUUCCACUCCACAAAUAUCAGUGAUGCUUACAGCGACACAACAUCCGAAUGGAGUUUGGAAGACGGCUUACAAAGUACCUUGUACUAUCCGGUAAACACCUUAAAACAAGUCGAAAUCGAAGACGACAACGUCGAUGACUCUUAUCAACCUGGUCAUAAUGUCUCGAUUGAAGGUGAUAGCGAAUCGUUCCUAUCAGAUUCUACAUCUAGUCUGCUAAGGUUUAUGGAUCAAAUGGAUAAUGACAGCCUUACGGAUGUGUCCAGCAUCGCGAGCGAUGAUGAAUACGAUGUCGACACGUUCACAACUGUUAGUGAUCUGACAGACUUUGAUGAUGAACUCUUCGAUGACGACAACAGUGACGUCGUGCUUGAAAUGUCUCUGCCAAAAGUCGAAUAUGGGCUGAUAGACAAUGCUUUAUCAGUUGCAACUACCUUUCUCAAUGAAAUAAUGGCUGAGGUCGCUUCUGAACUGAACUCGAAAAAGUGA